UAUUUAUUAUACAUCUUUCUUCUUAUUUUACUUGAAAUCUCAAACUAAGUUAAGAACUAUGUUUCUAGUAACAGCUGGAGACUGCUCCUUCACAUUUAUUUUUUUAAAGGUGAACCUCUAACGAAUGUCCUCCUUUCCACUGCCACUUGUUGUCCAGGAGACACUACACACAGUUUGUGGUGUUUUUGGCUUUGUGUGCAUAAAUGACAGACUAAGAGGGGGGUUGGGGUCAACCAAACUGAAUAUCCCGACUGCUAAUAUAUGCGGCCCUAUUGUAGUGAAUCGGUGCACCGCGGAUUAAUGGGGGUAAGGCGGGGCUUUAGAAAAAGGGGACUUCUGCCUCGUGGUGUGAAACCCUAAAAAACUCACGUACCUUUCAUUUACUCUUACAUCUGAGCUCAACAUAGUGCUUCUCUUUUUUUGGAUUCUUUAUUUUUAUCACUAAGCAAAAAUCUUCCAAGGACACACUUUAAUGAAGGUUGAAUAUUUUCAUGGCUGACGGUCCUGAACGCAGUGAUGGUGAUGACAGGUUGUGGUGAACGUCACAUGAACUUUGGUUUGUUAUGCCUCUGCACUGUUUGAUCUCAAUCUGAAGAUCUAGGAGGAACCAGAAUGAACUGAGUGCUCACCGUCCCUGCAGCCCAUAAUGACUCAGGAAGGAUGGAUCAGGGCGCUAAGUGGCAAACAGGUGCUGUGGUUUAUUUUUGCCUCCCUUCCACUCCUGCCUUUACCAAGCGAGGGCUUCCUCCCCAACUUUUGGUCCCGAGUGUUGACCCUUUCCUGGGAUUCACACACACAUCAGUACAUGACGGAGCAGGCUAUCCUGACGGUGACUCUGGAGGUUCUGAGGGAUGCCACAGACCAGCACAGAGCUCUUGCAGAGGAUGAGGUCAGACUUGGCCGUGCCUUCUGGAGAGCCGUCGGGGAGGUCGUAAGCUCCAAUGCAGACACAGACUUCACAACGUCCACCCAGUCCAAUCCGGUUUACCACUUUGACUCGGAGCGCAUCAAAGACAGCAUAGCGAUGCUACGACAGUUAUGGACGCAGACCGUGCUGUCAGUGCGAGCAAAGGAAUACCAAAGCGCCCGUUACAGCUUGGGUCAGCUAUUCCAUUCCCUCCAGGAUUUUUACAGUCACAGUAAUUGGGUGGAGAUGGGUCAAAAAUCCAUCUAUCUCCACCUGAUGCAGCCAGAGGAAGCUGCCAUACCUGUCGCCCCAGAAGACAAACCUACCUGCUCGGACUGUUUCACCGCCACGUGCCGAAACAACCUCCUCCCAGCUGUGACACACACUCAGCUUCUCACCUCUGGAUAUCCGAGCAGCUCCAUCUCUAAACCUCAUGGCAAAUGCAGUCAUGGAGGAAUCCUGGACAAGAACACAGCCCUGAGAGCCAAAGGGGGGAUUAAUAAGGACAGCACCUCACCAGUUUUCUCCCCUCAUCAUUAUCUUCACAAAGAAGCUGCUGCUUUAGCUACUGAAGCCACUCAGACUGUUCUGAGAGACCUCAAGGACACUGUGGGAGAUGAAGCCCUCCUUCGGCUCUUCAGCGUGAAGCAGAAGCCUGCAUUGGUGUUUGUCCUGGACACCACCGGCAGCAUGUUUGAGGAGAUCACUGCCGCCCGUCUCAGAGCUCACUCCAUCAUCCAGAGUCGAACCAGCAGCCUCCAGCAGACCAGUACAUUUGUGCUCGUGCCCUUUCAUGACCCAGAUGUGGGACCGGUAUAUGAAGAAGAAGACCCAAAUACUUUCAUGCAGCACUUGGAGAACCUGAUAGCUCUGGGAGGAGGAGAUGAACCUGAAAUGUGCCUUUCAGCCAUUCUGCUGGCGCUGACCCACAGUCCUCCUCUGUCAGACAUCUUUGUGUUCACCGACGCCUCCCCCAAAGACGCUCAUUUGUUUGAUGCAGUGAAGGCUCUCGCCCUGAAGAAACAGAGCAAGGUAACCGUGGAGACGAACCCACCGCUCUCAGCUUAUCAGUAAGCAGCAAAAUGUUUAGACAACCUUCCCAUCCACAUUUGACCUUUGCAAUGACAUAUUCUUUGUUUUUAAUUUGAGUUUUCAGUCAGAAAGUUCUAUUUUAUGUGACAGUCAUUUAGGAAAUAGAUUUAAAAUGAAACUGAGGAAACUUAUCAUGUUAUCCGCACUAUAGGCACACCGGAUUGUGAGGAUCACCACCAAUGAAUGGUUUAUUUUGAUCUUAUGAGGCAAACCGAACUAUACAACACAUAAAGAGAGACAAAAGAGUCAGAAUUGAGUUCAGUCUUUAUUAACUGUGUUCAGAAUGACUCUGUAUGGCUAUGUCUGAAUUCCAACCCUAAUCACUAACAACUAAAAAACUAUUUAGUGCGGGAUUAUACACUGGCCUGGAUUUUACAAGGAAUUUGGACACCAUGCUCACUACUUUUUUACGCCAGAUAUGACAUCACUGAUUUCACAAAGUGAAAAUCUAAUCAUUACAAACAUUUCACAAUGUUUAUUUGUGACUCCACUGGUUUCUAAUGCUGAAAAUGUGGAUGGUUUGUAAAAAAAAAAAAAAACAUUUAAACAUUUUUUUCAAGUUCAUCAUUGACGCACACUAGUUCUUCACAAAGACUUUUGAGAUAUUUCUAGUGCACUCGACUUUGGAACCAGAGAUUCUGACAGCACCACAACAUGGUGAACGUACUACAUAGUGCAUAGGAGGGGAUUUUGGACAGACAUAUAACUUGUUUGUGACAUACUAUACUAGUGGUCUCCAACCUUUUUCCUCGUGAGCUGCUGUCCUGCUUGUUUUGCAGCUAACCUUGAUUCACUAAUUGCUGCUCACCUGCAUCUGUGUUCUGUUAAUCAGAAUCUGGGAUCAUUCAAUCAGCUAAUCAAGAAUCACUGAAGUUUGGUUAGCGGUAAAACAAGCAGAGCAACAGCUCAAGAAGAGAAAGAAAACAUGUCCAGCUUUCAGUCAUAUUUUCAAACACUUUAGAAUUUUAAACACGGCUUACAAGAGAACAUGACUAAACAUUUUAACUUUGGUUGUGCUACGUUCAAAAUAACAGGUGGACGCCAUUCAACCGCGUGCUUGAUAACUGAAUGUUACUAAAUUACUUCUUGCAAAUACAGGUAUGAUGAGAUGUUAUGUUUUACA